GACUGAACUGUCACGGUCCCAACAUGUCCAAGAGUGACGAAGUCCGGUACUGCCAGAGAUUCUCCUAUAUUUUCCUAAAAUUCCUUCUGUUCGGCUAUGCCAUCGUCUGGUGGUUGGUGGGCGGGUGCAUCUUGGCCAUAGGUAUAUAUGCUGAGGUGGAGAGACAACGAUACAAGACGUUAGAGGGAUUAUUUCUGGCCCCAGCUAUUAUCCUGAUUGUUCUUGGAAUCGUGAUGUUCGUCGUUUCCUUCAUAGGAGUGCUGGCUUCACUGAGGGAUAAUCUAACUCUUCUGAAAGUGUUCAUGUACACGCUGACAGUGUGUCUGAUUCUGGAACUGCUUGGAGGAAUCUUGGCUCUGGUGUUCCGCAACCAGACUCUGGACUUCUUGAAUAAGAACAUCCGUAAAGGGAUGGUGAACUACUAUGAUGACUUGGACUUCAAAAACAUCAUGGACUUCGUUCAAAAGAAGUUUAAGUGUUGCGGAGGUCAAGAGUUUAAGGACUGGCAAGUUAACAUGUACCACAACUGUUCAGCACCUGGACCAUUAGCCUGCGGUGUCCCCUAUACCUGUUGCAUCUCUCCAAAGCCUAAUGAGGUUGCCAACACUCUGUGUGGGCAUGGCGUGUUGAAAAAAGAGGGUUUAGAGGUGUUGAAUAUCAUCUAUAUCCGAGGCUGCACUGAUGCUUUCCUCAUCUGGCUGUUAGACAACUAUAAGAUUAUGGCGGGACUGCUGUUAGGGAUACUUCUGCCUCAGUUCUUUGGUGUAAUAGUCAGCUGGCUGUAUAUCACCCGAGUGGAGGAUGCCAUCAGGGAGUACGGCAACUACACGGACGGACUGCUGGACUCAAAUCCACAGCGUAGACCGACCAAGAGGCACAGUCGCAUGGCCAAGUGGUGCAAAUGUAUGCCUGACAUAGACUGAUGAGGGAGGAAAUGGCUAGAUGAACUCUGCCUCAGCCUACAAUAGCAUAUAACUAAAAAUCACCCCAAGUCACACACAGCCUCCACUGUACUGCACCAUUGAUACGGCACUGUUGAAUUAUUACUCCCUUUUAGAACGGAUUUGUUUGCGUUUUUUCUUUCUUUCCCCUUUUUCUGGCAUUAAAAGGCAGGAAAGAAUCUGGCAAUCAGAGGAUUGAGGGCGUUCGGUGUUACAUUUUUCCAUUUUAUUUGAAAAAGGAUGUAGAAUACAGUGGGCAUUGUUGUGCUCGUGGGAAGGGGAGUCGGUAUGAUGGUUCAUGUAAUUUGUGUCUGGGCUUUACUUCCAUUUAGCUGCGCUGCUCCUCAGUCAGCCUCAUGAAACUCCAAAGAAAUCAAUAUAAUGUUUGUCUGCAACACCCUGAAAUAUAGCAACAUUUGAAAAGUGUGUAGUAGGGUCAAAUGUUCAUGUCCUGCAAGCCUGGACAGUGUGAUGGUGCAGAGACUGUGCUGCAUACAAACCACUUCAGCCACAGUGGAUAAUGGCUCGGAGUCACAAUAAAAUAGCCAUUUAAAUACCCAUUUCAGCUAUGUUGAAGUAUUUAGAGUACUACGGUGAUUUUAAGAUGAUACACAGUAAGCCAGUUAGGGAAUUAAUUUGCCAAACAGUGUAUUCCUUUAAAUGCCUCCUUACACUGGUGAACUUCGGGUAGGGCAGAGUGUGAUAGUGAAAUGGAUAGAAAAUGAUAGUGCCAUACAACCUUUGCAUCUGGGUUUUGAAUCAGUCUGUACAGUUAAAGCAUCAGAACCAGCUGAAGAAGAGCAUAUUUACCUAAGAUGCAAAGGCUUUUAAGAGAAAAGACUUUGUUAAGGUUCAGUCUAAUUUGAUUUUUAAUUCAAUGUAGUAGAAUUAUUAAACAGCGAGGAGUUUAGGACUUGGGGGGCUUUUCAGGUCUUUUGUAGGAUUUCAAUGCACUAUGUUUUACUUGGUGUGACGUGGGGAGUGUAGAGCCAAGUUUAAUUCUUUGCUUUUGUUUGUGGAUUUUCACCCCACACACACACACACUCACAUUCAUGGCGUUUCAGAGGAUAAUCUCAUUUAGAAAGCAUUUCAACUCUCUUAUUCACUUAAGGUGAGCUGUAUAUUCAUUAAGAUUUAGUUUUAAACCGCUUGUUUUCCUCUUUAGUGCCAAACAGGCCUAUCGGGAGCUUGCAUAUCAGCUUUGUGUGCACUAGCGGGUGGAACUUGUUGGCCUGGUUCCUGCUACAUGGCCCAAACAGGGCCAUCUAGUAAUUCAGCUCUAAUUCCUAAAGGGAAAAAAAUAUAUAAACCUUGUUGAAUUUUUUCAUAUCAGGGCAAACUGUGCCUUUGCUCGUCAUGUUGCUUACAUGUUGAAUUGCCUGUGGUACCUCUGACCCCGCCUGACUUCACUGUAGAAAAGUGCAUCCGGAGAUUUCAAUCGAUCAUUAUUUGACUGUAACUUGAUUUCAACCGAUCAUUAUUUGACUGUAACUUGAUUUCAACCGAUCAUUAUUUGACUGUAAUUUUAUCUGAUCUUGUUUGAUUAGAUAAAGGGGAAGGUUUUUUAUAUAUACUCUGUGGACUGAAGGUUUGUUUUUUUUUUUGUUUUUUUUUUUGAUUGCUUUUUUGUGUUGUUUGUUUUAAACAUCCCUACUACUAGUAAUAAUCAUAAUUAUACAGGAACAGAGAACGAGAUGUGUUAUCUUCGUGACAUAUCUUACCUUUUGUGGCUCUAUACAUAGGAAAACGGGUCUGGGACACAGAGAAUGCUUCUUUUUUUUUUGAUGGGAUCCGGUCCACUUGAAACCCGAGUCAUAAUUAGAAAUAAAGACCAGACCGUAGUGUUCGCUCCACUCGGGUCACUUCGCUCAUCUGCCUGAUAAAACGCACUCUGUCUAGAGGUGAUGAGUUAAAGGAAAUGUCUUGGCUCAUUAAAAAGGACGUUGACCUUCUUGUGUGGGGGGGGGGGAAAUACAGUAUGUGACUGACUCGCUCAUCGAUCCCCGUUUUCAGAAAAGUUUCCAUUACAAAACUCCACGUCAGCAGUUCUUUCUCUCUCUCUCCCCGGUUGUUUGGUUUGAAAGCGGGGCUGAGUUCAGAUCCGCUUAUUUGAAGCUGAAUCAAUCGCGUCCCUGAAGAAGUUGGAGGGUUUUUUUUUUUAUUUCAUUUUUGUACAAAAUCUGUUUUGCCACUAAUCACACUGAGACACAAACGUAAGCCCGAGGUAAGAGUCAGACUUGUAGUCAAACCAAGGACGUCUUUAUAAAAUUAUGUGACUACUACCUUCAGUCUCUACAACGGGUUUUUUUUCCUUGAUAAGAAUUGUGAUAAUGUCCACGGCCGCUGUAAUCUACACUAUGUGCUUGUUUGUGUUAACAUGUUUUAUCAUUUGCCGUUCUUGAUGCUUGAGAUGAAAGUUGCCGCCCAUGUUAAAGGACAUCUUGUGCUUAAUCACAAGCACAAGACGUCCUUUAACAUGGCUGUGUGGGACAGCAGGAUUAGUGGAGCCUGUUUGUCUCGGUGAGCGUUUUAACUUCACCACCGAGCUGACGGAGAUGAGCUAACACCACCAUCCUCCGCGUCACCUUUAGCUUCACCAUGUGUGCCAAUACGGCUUUCUUCUGGGUUGUUAAAAAAAGAGGAUGUAAUUUGACCCUCUGAUAUUUUAGUCCUUUUCCUUACAGGGACUUUUUCCCGCAUUAAAGGGAAAAAUAGAUCUGGAUCGGGUCUAGUUGGAUCAGCUAGACUGAAAGCAGCUGGCUAUCAACUUGGAUUUGGCUCCUCCGUUACCAAACUGCAUUUCACUUUUGCUGUAGAACAAGAUGAAAACCUCUCCUUUAGUACGAUACGACAGUUUCACCGUGACACACGGAUGAGAUUAAAAUGUCACGGUGCCCCUCUGAAGAAUUGGGAAGAUUUUUUUUUUGUGAAAUUUUUUACCUCUUAAGUUUCUAUGGUACGGGAAAACAAACCAAUCCAGAUGAAGGCCUCACAAGUGUGACCUUGGAAACUUCGAGAGAGCGAGUGUGUGAGUGUGUGUGUGUGUCCUCUCACCAUCCGGCGGUCCUCCAUAUUUCCGCUGGCCGUUGACUUGGGUAAUCCAGCUCUGGGCCGCUGACCGCUGCCUGUAGCGGAAACUUCUUUGACUAGGUUCUAGGUAUAUACACACACACACACACACACACACA